AUGAAACUCUCCCCGCUCUUUACACUCCUAGGCUCCGCUACCGCAGCUUCCUUCGUAGGCUGCACCGCCCCACAAACCGCCACAAUCGAAAAAGCUAUACUUCGCGCGACAGAACGCGCAUACGCGGUUGUCGAGCACCUCGAGGCUAACCCCAAUGGCAGCGCGCUGCAGACGGCGUACUACGGUACCUUUGACAAAACGCGGUAUGCGAAAAUUUUGGCCGCGUUCCGCAAGAUGGCGCCGGAUCUAGACGCCGUGUUUACGUACGAGUGCGGGUGCACGAGCAACGUGGUUAUUGCGUAUCCUAGUAACACGUAUGGCUAUACGACCAUAUGUAGUGUGUACUUCAACGAAGCUGUCAUUCCAGCCGAGGGAUUUCGGUCGCAGUGGAGCACUCUCAUCCACGAGGCGACACAUUUCCGUGAUCUGCUAGACACCCGGGACUAUGGGUAUACGCCGGAUGUGUGCAAGCAGUUUGCAAAAGAGGACCCGGUGAAGGCUGUAGGUAAUGCGGAUAACCAUGCGAACUUUGCUGUGGAGGUUUGAGGGGGCUAAUGGGCUGAAGUACCUUAGGAGAGCGAAGCUUCUAUACGUUAUCACUGAAUUUGGCCGAGGAAUUCGUG